GUUACGGUCUUAAUAAUGCAAAAGUUUUCUUUAUUAUCCAGUCUCUUCCCAAUUAUGUGGCACAUGUCCUCUGUUUUCAUGCUUUGGAAGGCCCAGUGCGUGAUUACAGGAUCCCCGGAUCCUCUUAUGGUGGUGACAUCGCAAUCCAUGGAGCCUGCCUUUCAACCGGGUGACCUGAUUUUCUUAUGGAAUCGUAAUAGGCACAUCCAGGCAGGAGAAAUUCCGGUGGUAUGGUUUUCUGAUCGGCCGUUGCCAAUGAUGCACCGAGCAAUCAAAGUGUCCUCAUUGCCCGGAAGCGAUGGACAAUCAAAGCAGCUCAUCUUGACCAAAGGGGAAAACAACGUCAUUGACGAUGUUGCGUUGUACCCUGGUGGAAGACCAUUUGUUUAUCGAGAGGAGAUCGUGGGGGUAGUUCGAGGGUAUUUACCCGGUGUUGGGUGGGUAGCCUUGGCGUUGAAAGCAAUCCAACAGUGCUAUAUACAUGUGGUGCGUUGGCAAUGGCUAUUUUCAGAGUAUUUUGACCAUUCACUCGUAAAUAAAAUAUACAUAAAUAAUGGCUCAUCUCUUUUCAGCGCCGCCUAUAGCCAUUAUGCCUGA